CAACCCGUCUCUUUUUGUCCUUGUUCCUCUCGAGGUCAAUUGGUGUGUUGUUUUUCAUGUGCUGUUAGCUGGUAUUUGAUUAGGUUCUUCAUUUUGCUUUUUUUCCCGCUUUUCUGUAUCAUACCUACCUUCUUUGCCCUUCCACCUCAAGGCCCACGGCAGCCUCACUCGCCCAACCUCCGGUCUCGCUCGCACUUCAUAUCUCGCCCUGGCCGCCUACAGAUUUUCUCUCUCGCUUGGAGACUGUUGGGAAUUCCUGACUGUCUAUCGUUUUAUCAUCAAGGAUCGGUCGACGGACUCAUUUCCUACAGAAGAAUCCACUGCAUUUCUGGGUACCUCGACACAAAUCGACGCGCGUGGCCUGGGAUCCUCACUACACAUAGUUUUGACACUCGUAUUACUUUUCAACCCGCAAAACAAAAACAAAAAAUCCACAGAAUUCUUCCGCAAUGGCAACUCCACUACAAAUUAUGCCCUUGCCAGUAUGGCCCAUCACUUUCCUUGAGGAUGCCGUUGUAUACUUGUCGGCUUUGUUCACACCCUGGUUUACAGCAUUUUGCGUACUAUGGCUGCAUAGAUACGUUAGACUCAUUGUCCACUGCUACAGCCACUGGACUUACAAGUCUAAACCAAUCCCAAGCAAGCCAUCCUACACAUCAGAUGAUGUUACGGUUGUGAUUCCCACGAUCCACGACAACUUUGAUGAGCUCCGACCCUCGCUUGAGAGUAUUCUGGCCACAAAGCCGCACGAGCUGAUUAUGGUCACAACCGCCGACAAGUUUGAGGAUCUGCAGAGGGUUGCAAAAACCCUCUCUUCUCCCAACAUCCGCAUAUUCUGCACUCAGUACGCCAAUAAGCGCAUCCAGGUGUGCGAGGCCCUGCCAAAGAUUACGACUCGCAUCACUAUUAUGGCCGAUGACGACGUUACCUGGCCAUCGACCAUGAUGCCGUGGAUUCUGGCCCCAUUUGAGGACCCGAAGAUUGGAGGUGUCGGCACAUGCCAGCGGGUAAAGAGGGUUAGGGAGGGAGGACUUGGGCUCAGGAUAUGGAACUGGUUGGGCGCCGCCUACAUCGAGCGACGCAACUUUGAGAUCUCUGCAACGCACAACAUGGACGGCGGUACCUCUUGCAUGUCGGGUCGAACUGGCGCCUACCGAUCUGAAAUCCUCAGAGAUUACGAGUUUCUUGAGGGAUUCAUGAAGGAGGAGUGGUGGGGUAAGAUCCUCAAGGCCGACGACGACAAUUUUGUGAGCCGCUGGCUUGUCAGCCAUAAGUGGAAGACGUGGAUUCAGUACGAGCAGGAAUGUGAGCUGGAGACGACGCUCGAGGACAACAUCAAGUUCCUCUACCAAUGCUCGAGGUGGGCCAGGAGCAACUGGCGCAGCAACUGGACCAGCCUGGUCAAGGAGCGUCAUGUCUGGAAACAACAAUGGUGGUGCACAUAUGCAUUGCACAUUGCAACCUUCACCUCGCUCGCCUUCGUCUUCGACUUUCUCAUCCUGGCAGCCCUCUGGUGGGGUACCGAAGGUUGGGAGCCCGUGAACCGAAACCGUGCCAUUUACGCCCAGCUCGCAUUCCUGGCCUUCUCCAAGGUUGUCAAGCUCGUUGGCCUCUUCCGCCGCCACCCGGCCGACAUCAUGUUCCUCCCCGUGUCCAUCAUUUUUGGGUACUUCCAUGGCCUCAUCAAGAUCUAUGCCGGCCUGACUCUUAAUAUGACAUCAUGGGGAAGCCGAACAGAUGGAGACACCGACGACGCACACCGUCUUGCGCCCGGCCCGGUCCGAUGUUCUAGUCUCAACACGCCCCGGAGCGAGCACAAGCUUCCUCACUACAUGCAGGAGCGCGACGAAAUCGUCAACGAGAAGCAGCAAAUGCGGGAAGAGGAAUGGGAGCACCUGUGAUGGGCAUCAUAGAUGGAUGACUCGCAAGAGUGCCCCAGUGCCCUUAUGCCGCACUCUUUCUUUCUUUUUUUAACGCCUUAUGGAUUGAACGAAAUUGAUGACUUUUUUUUCUCGUUUGUUUUCUUUUCUUUCUCACAUAAUCACUGGGUUUGGGGGGGGGCACCUAAAAAGAAAAAUAGGAAAUAGAAAGGGAUCAGACAGGAUGGGAGGUAGAACAGGACUCAACAUCUCAGCCCCUUUUUGAGGGUUCGGAGAUGGGGCCAUCGUCGCCUUUUUCUCGAUCUCUCUUGCAUUUUCUUUUUAUUUUAAUCUUGGUUAUCUCGGAUAAAAGGGUUUUCUGGCGUUUUAUUCUACUGGCAUGGAUUUUCCACAAGGAGUUCUUUUGGGAUUGUUUGGCUUAUAACUGCAUGGGACAUCCCCUUUCUUCUAGGAAUGGGUGAUUUUGGUUUCUCAAGGAAAACAAAAUAUGGGGCAUUUUCAAGGUUCAAAACUUUGCUUAUUUGUCUUUCUUUUCUUCCUAAUUUAUUUUGCUUCAUCUCAACUUGGGGGAGGCAGGAAGGUGCACAAAACGGACUGGUUAGAGAUUGCCAGCUCCAACGUGUGUUGCACGAGGUCUAAUCAUGACUCAAAUUCUCCUUGCUCACUCUUCUCUAAAUCAUCUGAACGGCUCGGCUGGAGAGAAAAAAGAGUUCCUGCAUGUGGCCGGAGUUUGGGCGAGCGUUAGGGUACAUCUGGGUGCGGGCAUAGGGUGGUACAAGGGGGGGGGGGUCAAAGGAUUGGCCAAUGACCUGGAAAAAGAGACGAGUGCCUGAGGAAAAUGAAUAAAUAGACGAUAAUAAUACGAGAGAGAUUAUACCACCAAGACCACUUGAGAUGACAAAGAAUCUGUCAUUUCCUG